CUGAGUGUGGCGUUAGGUUUGUAGCGGUGCGGUUGAGCGAUCGGGGUUGUGGUGGGUGUAGUUGACAAGACAGAUCGGCGCCAUGGUAGAGGAAGUGCAGAAGCAUUCUGUGCAUACCCUUGUAUUCAGAUCUUUGAAGAGAACUCAUGACAUGUUUGUAGCUGACAAUGCAAAACCUAUACUAUUGGAUGAAAGAAGCCACAAAAUUAAGAUGGCAGUUAAACUUCAUACAGAGUAUGGUUCUGUGCUGCACAUGCCUGUAUUGAAAGAAAAUGCUCGAGAGAAAGGUCCUCACAACGUAAUUGAUUCCUAUGGACAUAAGCAGUAUCUUCAGAGUCCAGGAGAAGAUAAUGAAUAUUUGAUAACAGGAACACAUCCAUAUCCCCCUGGGCCCGGAGUGGCUUUGACUGCAGAUACCAAAAUUCAGAGGAUGCCUAGUGAAUCAGCAGCUCAGUCAUUAGUUGUGGCACUGCCUCCUUCCCAGUCCAAAAUGGAAGCAAAUCGAACUGCUGCUGGUGUAGGUGAUAUGUAUAGACAUGCUGGGAUUCCUGAGCGUUCACAGCCUCCAGGCUUGACUAUGGCUAUGAUGGAAGCAGGUGGAAAUAAAAAUUCUGCAUUAAUGGCAAAGAAGGCUCCAACAAUGCCAAAACCACAGUGGCAUCCUCCAUGGAAACUCUACAGAGUUAUCAGUGGACACUUGGGCUGGGUGAGAUGUAUUGCAGUAGAACCGGGAAACCAGUGGUUUGUUACUGGCUCUGCUGACAGAACUAUAAAGAUCUGGGAUCUUGCAAGUGGCAAGUUAAAACUGUCUUUGACGGGGCAUAUUAGUACAGUUCGAGGAGUAAUAGUGAGUGCGAGGAGUCCGUACCUCUUCUCUUGUGGAGAAGAUAAACAGGUCAAAUGCUGGGAUCUUGAAUAUAAUAAGGUUAUUAGGCAUUACCAUGGUCAUUUAAGCGCUGUGUAUGGCUUGGAUUUGCAUCCAACAAUAGAUGUGCUUGUAACAUGUAGCAGAGAUUCAACUGCACGUAUUUGGGAUGUAAGGACAAAAGCUAGUGUGCAUACAUUGACAGGACACACAAAUGCUGUUGCAACUGUGAAAUGCCAAGCAGCGGAACCACAGAUUAUCACAGGAAGUCACGAUACCACUAUACGACUCUGGGACUUGGUAGCAGGAAAAACUCGGGUCACUUUAACAAAUCACAAGAAAUCAGUAAGAGCAGUUGUACUGCACCCAAGACAGUAUACAUUUGCAUCAGGGUCCCCAGAUAACAUUAAACAGUGGAGAUUCCCUGAUGGAAACUUCAUCCAAAAUCUUUCUGGCCAUAGUGCUAUUAUCAAUACACUAGCUGUGAACUCGGAUGGAGUUCUGGUUUCUGGAGCUGACAAUGGUACAAUGCAUCUUUGGGACUGGAGAACUGGAUACAACUUCCAGAGGGUGCAUGCAGCUGUCCAGCCUGGCUCAUUGGACAGUGAAUCUGGAAUAUUUGCUUGUGCAUUUGAUCAGUCUGAAAGCAGGCUUCUUACUGCUGAAGCUGAUAAAACCAUAAAAGUCUACAGAGAAGAUGAUACUGCGACUGAAGAAACUCAUCCUGUCAGCUGGAAACCAGAAAUCAUCAAGAGAAAACGAUUUUAAUGAGAAUUCACCUGCAGAGCUGUGCCAUAAUCCUGACUCUGAUGACAAAGCCUGAACUCUGCUAAAGUCAUUGCUUUGUUCAGUUUGCUGUUUUUAUAUUAUAUAUGGCUUCCCUCUAGGAUUUUAUCCUCUCUCUGAUCCCAGGAAAUCAUCUGCAGCUGUUAAACAAGUCUGAAGAAACCAGAGUUCAUUUAAUGAAUUGGUAAUGUGCUGGUGAUUAUAGUCACCAAAUGUGUGCAUGUCAUUCUAUGUGGGCAAAAGGUAAUGAAGGUCUCUUCCUUUUUAUUGUAUUACUCCCUCCCUCUUUCCUUUGAUGGAGAAGUAAAUAUUUAAAAUCUUGAACCUAUUUUUCUUUAAAAACAAAAAGAAAAAAAAACCCCUCUCCUAUUUGGUACUUUAUCCUGGUGGCCUAGGAGUCUAUCAGCACAGAAAAGUAAACUUAUUACAGGGAGGGAAAUGCCAUUGUAGUAAUGAUUUAUGUACUUAAUACAAUGUGCUGCUUUGUUAAGUUGUAAUGCAAUAAAAUAAAACAUUUCUUUUCCACUUUGUUUGUGGGCUUUAACAACUAAAAUAGAUCUGCACUUUUGUGCUCUUUUGUGUUGUACGUAUGUCAUUCUGUUUUAAGGUCAUGGUUUAAUUUGCCUAUUCCGUAUCAGAAUCCUUUUUAAAAUUUUAAUGAAGCAUUCCCUUGAAAUACUUUCUAAUGUGUUUUUCUGUUUUUUUCAUUCUCUCUUAGCAAAACUUUAAAAUUGAAAACAAAAUACUCUGUAGUGGAGAUAGAAUAUCAGCACUGAAAUGGCACAUGCUUUAUGUCAAGGCAGUUUUGGGUGCAACCAGAAAUUUUUUUCACUUACAGUACAAGAAGUUACUGAUCUUACUUUCUGAUGGCAGCCCUUGAUGCAACAUUGAAUCCUGCUUCUCUUGGGUCCUUGACCCUCAGAGCACCCAAUUAUUCAGAGGGUGAGAAGGGCUGCCCUGGAAAUAAGGGUCUAGAAAAACCAUCAUGGACCUACAUGAUCCACAUUUGAAGAGCAUGCUCUGCAUGGACAGAGGUCACAAGCUGCCAAUUUGUUCUGUCCCAUUUUUGUCUAACUUACAAGAAACAGAUUGGGGAUGUUUUGUGUCUUCACUUGCACUAUUCUAAUAGUGUUAAGAGAUAUAUAUAUUUCAGAUGCCUGUCUAGAUAGAAAUGUUAUUGCCUGUGAAAUGUUUGAUUUGUAACAUCAAUAGCUAUCAAUCUGAGUCCAAUAUAACUUCUGAAACCAGUGAUGAGUUGUGAUUUAAUUUACGUAGAUAUGCAUUUGUUUUAGAGAUGUUUAGCCACAUAUAACAUGUAUUAGAGUGUUUGCUAAUGUAAUUUUGCCGCAAUUCUUUUUUAAAAAAUGUUUUGAAAUAUUUCAAUCUUUUGUUAACAUUCUAUUGGUUAAUCUAAGUGCAAAUCCUAAAGUUGUGAUCCAAAGCAUCUAUAGUUGGAAAUAAUCAGUGAGGCUUAAUUCCCAAUGGAAAUAUUUAGAAAUCGGGGAAUGUUUUCUUGAAACAAAUGCAUCUUCUCCACUUUUCUCUCUUACAAAUCACCCUAAUGGUCAUAAUUCUAAAAUCAGACCAUUUGAUGGCUUCAAAGUGUUUGGUUUAUGGAAGAGCUAUCUUGCAUCAUAUGCUAGAGCAGCCUUCCUCAAACAGGUGUUUUCCAGGUGUGCGGGACUACAAGCUCCAUUAUUCUUGGCCAGCAUGGCCAGGUUUGUGUGGCUCCAAUUUUUCUUGAGAGAAAAAAAUAAUUUGCAUUAUGUUCAUCCCCAGAAAGCAUACAAUCUUCAAUAGAAGCCAGCUAUUCUAUAAUGAUUCUGUAGUCUGUUCCAUAAAAAUGUAGAACAGUACUAAUACUGUUACUAACCCACCAAUUGCAUGCUCUUGGGAUUCUGUCCCAGAUCCAUCAGUCAUUCAAGUCCAAGGAACUAUGUUCUGUGUUCAUAUUCUACAUAAUCCCUCAAGCAUGUAGAUAACCUAAGACUAAUUGAGCUUGGCACAUGGUACUAUUCUCUUGGGCAGGCAUGGAUGGAGACUUGCCAAACAGAGCAGUCUAGAACCCUAAUGCCCAUCUGAAAGACUUGGAUUUCCCAGGAGGCUUGCUAAAUAGGAUCCAACAUCCAAAAAGCAGCAUGUUUGCUAAAGUGCUGAAACAAAUGUGCCUGAAAAGUCCAGACCAGGAAAACUGCAAGCUUAAUAAUAGCAAAAUGGUUGCUUGUGCUGAUGGGCAGAAUUUGCCAAUAUUUCUUGAAAUACCUUCACAUAAACAGAAGUGCCAGAAAUAUUGUAAAAGCUCAGUUGUACAAUUGCAAGACACUUUAAUACAACAGAAUAUAUUUGUCAUGAUCUGACAGUGAAGAUACAGACUCACUUGAGAGAGAAAUCAGUUAGCCUAGUCUGUUCUGCCAACACAGCUGUUCAGAGCAUCAAUCAAUUGUUGUGUUUACGGGGAAGGGUUUCUCAACUUUAGCAAAUAAUUUUGAAAUGGAAUUACCUUGAGAAUCAUUUCUGAGUGAUGUCAGGCAGUCAUAUAAUGGAAGAACUGUUCCCAUUUCCAAAUUCACCUUGACAUAUUUUGAAAAGAAACUGUUGAGGUGUCAAAAUUGUAGGCAGACUGCUAUUUCAUAAAUUGUCCUUUAGAAUGAAAACAAAAUUUAAAACCAUGCCAAUAUUUAAGCAAAUUACAUGUGUUAAAAAUGACCAACACAAGGGACACAUUUCAUAUGUGUGCAACUUUAAGGUUAGAAAUAGAAAACUUCUUGGCCUUUGCAAUAUUACUUCUGGAGAAAACACAUAUAAUAUUUAUUUGCAUUUAUUUCUGUUGAUAUUAUAAUUGUGAAAGCAAUCAUUGGCAGCAAGAAAUUGAGUAGUUUAGAUAUACAAAAGCUUCACAGAAAGUAUGUUGAUCUUGAAUUAGUCACUGAAGCGUUCAAUUAGGUUAUUUAUGUUCACACUGCGAAAAGUGAUUGAAACAAUGAUUUCCCUGGGUAUCUAGUUUGGCAUCACAGUUAGAAGCAAAUAGCUAUGUCAUUAUGAGGACCAGAUAAGGGUGUCUCCAAACAGGGAAAUAUAAAAGCACCGUGACUGCAAUCCUAAACACUUGCUGUGAAGCUUAGAAAACAUAGGACUUGUUUUGAGCAAGCUUGUGGCAUGGGUUUGCACCAAAAAUGCAAAACGAUAACUUGUUCUUGUAUCAGAUGGUCACCAAUUUGGUUGGCUGUUUAAAGGGAUUGAGCAAAUUCAUGGAGAGGGCUAUCAAUGGUUGCUAGCCUUGUUGUUUCUGUGCUGCCUUCGUUGUCAGAGGUGGAACACCCGCAAAGCCCAGAUGCUGAGGAGCUUGGGCAGGUGGAACUCCUGACAGAGUAUUUCAAAUUGGAAGUGGAACUUGGAUACUUUCUUCAUAUUGAGUGAAAUGUGCUGCUUGAGUGAAUAAGGACAUAUCCAUUUCUUUCAGUACCACUCUGGUUUUGCAUUGUACACAGCUAUGAGAAUGGAAGACACUUUCUUAGAAUAUAAUUGCAAGUGUCUGUGGCUGGUAAAGCUGAUAACAGCUUUGAAAUCAGUUUACCAUUUAUUCAGUCAUGAAGUGUAAAUUAGAGGAAGGAUGUUGCCAUUUGUUAACAAAGACUGAGUAACAAAUGAGAUAUAUUGUGUUUUUAAAAAACAAAGCAAAAGAAUAUUGGGUAUUCACAGCAACUUAACCAUAAAUAAAAAGUGAUUACAGCAGUGUAUGUGUGUCUUUAAAGAACUCAGUUUAAGUAAUUUGUAUUGUUUGUGUAGACACAUGUAAUGGAGAUAUGUAAAUAAAUGCCUUGACAGUCA